CCUUAACCCUGAGUCCGCCACACCGGAUGACGCCCGUCUCCCUCCAGUUGGUGCUCACACGCUCGGGAGAAAGGGUCCUCGUCGUCUCAGAGAAAUGGCUGCACGGGGCAUGAGGGUGCCCUGCUUCCUGGCGGGGAUGCUGUGGAUGUUGUGGAUGGCUCCUCUCACCUCCUGCUUCAAUCUGGAGCCUCGCACAGCGGAUGUGUAUAGCGAUCCUUACUUUGCGACCCAAGGGCGGGAGUCUUACUUCGGCUUCUCUGUUGCUCUUCUGCAUAACAGUAAAAACAACACAAACUGGGUUUUGGUGGGUGCUCCCCGCGCCAACUCCAGUUUCUGCAACUCAGCCCAGAUCACUGAACCCGGAGCCAUGUUCAAGUGCAAUCUGGAGGGAGAUGUUUGCGAGGAGGUGAUCGUAGACAGAAGUGGUAAUGCAAAGUGCAGUUCCCACGACCUUUCCAGCUAUGGCUGGCUUGGAGGAAGUUUGGACAGCCAGCCACACUUAGAAGAAGACAGACAAGUUACUGGGGUGUGUGCACCUCGAUGGAGCAACCAGUGGAUUUACCGUCAACAAAUAAUGAAAGGUGUGUGCUUCUGGAUGGACUUCUCCGCUUCCCCUCUGAUGAUCAAGAAGGAGUUUCCUUUCUUUCCUCAAACAUCACAUGGACAAGCUGGCAUGUCCAUCCACUUCCCUGAAAACCAGACCAAGUUCAUAGUCGGAGCUCCCGGUGUCAAGUGGCAUGGAUCGGUAAUACUUUUGGAGGACGGAGGCGUAUCAGAAAUGGGGCUUUCAAAGAACCGAAUGUUUCAAACUGUGCUGGUGCCUGAUCCUGUGUACAUCUCCACUGUCAAACCCCAUGAUAUGUUUGGGUACGCCGUCACCUCGGGAAGAUUUUUGUCGAAGGAUAAGAUACUUUAUGCAGGUGGUGCUCCUGGAGGUGCUGAUUUCUAUGGCAAGGUUAUUGUUUUUGAUUUCGCUUGGAGGGGGUAUUCAGACUUGGAUACGGCCAAAGUGUUGACGGGCGAGCAGCUGGGUGAGUACUUCGGAGCAGCGCUGACGGCAGCAGACGUCAAUGGUGAUGGCCUGACUGACCUGAUUGUCGGCUCGCCCAUGUUUUCUCGCACCAAUCAUUCGGAUGUGGGCAGGAUUCACACCUUUCUCAGUGGAGAGGGAAAAGGACUCUUUGAACGUCCGGAGCCUCACUAUGGCAAAAAAGAGCGCCUUGCAAGGUUUGGCACGUCGCUAGCAUCUCCUGGGGACCUUAAUGCUGAUAAUUAUGAAGAUGUUUUGGUGGGAGCACCUUGGGAAGGCAGAGGAGCUGUGUACGUCUUUUUGGGGUCAAGGAAUGGCCUCCGGCAGCAGUACUCCCAGCGCCUCUCCCCAGAAGACUUUUCUCCUCCUGGCCUCAGAGGGUUUGGCAUGUCAAUGUCACGAGGCAUUGACAUAGAUAACAAUGGCUACCCAGAUGUGGCCAUUGGAAGCAUAUUGUCGGGGCACGUGGCGGUAGUCAAGACUAGACCAGUGGCAAAGUUAUCUGGCUGGAUCGUUGCCCGCCCAUCUAGUGUGCCCUGGGAAGGGAGGGCGAACCUCACCCUCACAACCUGCCUCCACUACGAGGGACGCAGUGUGCCAAGAAACUAUUCCCUCCAAGUGUCCCUCACCUUGGACCAUGGAAGCCCCUCCCCUCGUGCCUCCUUCAGGGACAACUCAUACGUCCACACCUUCACUGAGGACUUGCUUGCCAACAGUGCAGACCCAGCUUGUCGGACUCACCAGGUGACUGUGAAGGAAAAUAAACUUGACCCUGACCAACCUCUGGACAUGAAGCUGGAGUAUGAUCUUUUACACACUCCUGCGACUGACUUGAUGAAGCAACCCACGACAAGCCCUAGCGAGACACACACCAGCAUGACUCAAGUGAGCAUUUCAAAGGGAUGUCAGAAGAUCUGCAGAGUGGAUAUGAAGGUUGAGGCGGAUCUCGGUCUUGGAGAAGACAAGAAGCUGGUGGUGGGGCACAGAGACAAACUGGUACUGCGCACCGUUGUGUCUAACAAUGGCGACUCUGCCUACUUCCCCGCCGUAAAUGUGACUGUGGGGCCGCCUCUCACUCUCGUUCUGCCCCAGUCGCAUGACUGUAGGUUCUUCAGUGCCGACUUGAGGACCUCGCUUGUGUGCAGCCUUUCCAACCCAAUCAAGAACAGUACCACGGACGUUGUGGAGGUGACUGUGGAUGCCAGCUUGUUGACAGAUGGCUCAAGUAACCCGUGGAUACAGGUCAAUGUUAGUGGAGAAGGAGAAGAGUUGAAGCCUGAGGAUAAUCAUUGGUCAAAGAGCCUCCCUUUGGAAGCUCAUGCUAGCCUUGAACUAUAUGGAGCUUCCAAGAGAGAGCAAGUGUUUUACAAGCAUGUGGGUGGAGACAACAUCAACGCAACAGUCAACCCAAGAUUUACGCACACCUUCACUUUAGUGAAGAAGGGACCCACACCGCUUGGCCAGGUGGAUCUGACCGUUGAUGUUCCUGUCAAUGUCACAGACGGUCAAAACCUACUCAAGCUCCAUUUUCCAAAGACAGAUUUCUUGCAUCAGCCGUUCCAUUGCAAGCUGAGCAGCGGGAGCUUUGAGAGAGAUGAUGUGAGUCAGGGAGGAGGCGUGGCCACUGGUGGUAACACUGGAAGUGAUGCAAAACCUUCCUUGCAGCCCAUAAUUGUGAGUGCUCAGAAGGACGAGGGUGACGGGACCCAGUACUUCGACUGUUCCUCGAGCCUAACAAGAUGUGCGCAACUCUCCUGCCACAUAUACAACUGGCCAGUGGACACCGAGACAGCCAAGCUUACUAUGGAGCUGGAGGUUGAUCUUAGUGUCAUGGCCAAGCACAUGUCCGCUAAGGGAGGAGCAGUCCUGGUGACCUCGGGGCGUGCCAGCAUCCAGCCCCUCGCGCCUCGAAUGGACUUUAUUGGCGUAAGGGAGGCACGCGAGGAGGCGGGGACUCGAAUCCAGCCGGAGUUUCUUCAGGCCAACGGGAUCCCCUGGUGGGCUCCCCUGCUGGCUGUGAUUGCAGCCCUCUUGCUCUUGGGACUCCUGACGUAUGGACUAUACAAGGCUGGAUUCUUCAAGCGUAAGAAAAUGGAGGAAAUGAAGGCCCAGCAAGCAGAGACUGAUAGAGCAAACUGUGCAUCAGAUAACCAAGGUUUUCUUGGAGACUAAAGGAGCCUGCUCACUGCUGUGUGUCGGUGUCAAAGAAACUCUUCAGUCAACCAAUUGGAAGGUUAAUGUUAAGUCUCCCUAAGAUGUCGCCAAAGUGGUGAGAGGAGUAAUUGUUAGGCUAGUAACUGUACUCUGGCGGGAGUCAAGAGUGUAAGUGUUAGUUAGUGUGUGGAUAGAGUGACUUCAGGUCCAUUAAUGUUGUGAUCUCACACAGCGAAGAUGAUAAGCUCAUGUGGAAGGUACAUUUGUUAAACGUGCCUUGUUUGAAACUUGCAAGAAACUGAUUAUAAUUAGGAUACUUUAUAUACCUGUGAGUUGAGUGCAUAAAACUCUCUCUCCCUUUGACAUGGUUUGUGUCGUCUUCUAAGUGCAGGUAAAAGCCAUGGUCCGCAUGAUGAAUGAUCAGGGGUGACAUGGCACGUAUAUCCCGUACUAAGCGGCACAUUUGCUAAAACUAGUUAGACUAGUAGCAGUCUAGUGAUUAUAUUGUUUAUUAUCGAGCAGUCUUUCCAAAUGUAUGUUAGCUCCAUGGAGCGGCGACCUGUGCCCAGCAAGACCACGCCUGGUCUCGCUCCUCCGUUACAUACAGUCUGCUCACGAGCACGAGGGAGUGGGUGGAUGUGUCUGAGGCUUGCCUGUACACAGCUUAUUUCUGAGGUGAUAUUUACAUGAAAUGUAGGCGGCACUUUGAAAUACUUAAUAGCCUGUCCUUCCUGACUUUUGAAUUAUUCACCGACACGUUGAAGUUUCUCAAAUAUUUCUAGUUUCGGAAAAAUGUUUGCAGUUUUUAUAAGAUUUACAGAUACCUUACAUACUUUUCACACCACUAAUACCAACGAGUAAUGUGUUGCAUAAUCAUAUUUGUAGUUUUGUGUGUGUGUGUGUGUGUGUGUGUGUGUGUGUGUGUGUGUGUGUCUGAAAUUCCUACCAGAAUAAGUUGUAGUGACUUUCUCUGUGCUGAGCUUUGGUUCACAGUCCACAUGUCAUUGUUGGCGUCAUUGUCGUCACUGUAGCAUAAGUAAGCAGCAUUGUAGUAAAAGUAGUAUUGUUAAGGGUUUACAGCAAUCGGAGCAAGUGAAUGACGUGAAAAAGCAAUAUACCUCGCAAAGAAGUUAGCUGUGAACAGUCGGAGCUGUUAUUGAGGAUUGGCAAGGCCGGUGAACAACUGUUGUAAAGUAAUACUGUUUCUACACUGCCACCAUCACCCUUCCCUGUUAUUACUUUGUCUCCUCUCCAGAGUCUGUAUGUGCCAUAACCCUCUAGGAUAGUGACAUACUUAAGUUUGAUCUCCACGUGGAACAUGAUUUCAAGCUCUUUUUCCCAAAAAAAAGUUUAGUUCCAGUGUAUUCGCGCCUAGACCAUCUGUGUCAGCAAAUACCCCUUUCAUACCGUUCAUACUGCUGACUACUUCGCCCUUCUCACUUCCUCUCUCUGCAGAUUCCACUUCCUCAGCCUUUGAUUCAGCACUUUCCUGCAGGGCCUUUUCUUUUCUCCAUUCUCUGAUCAUUUUCCCCUGGCUUUGUACCGACUCCGUUACUUCUGCUCUUUCUUCCCCAUUUGUUUCACCUUACCACACAUUCCUGAGGCCUUCGCCUUGGUUAGCAGGUUCUGUUGAUGUUUCAGCAGAAGGCAGGCACCGAGGUGACUGUCAGUUAGACUAUUAGUAGAUCACUAGAUCGGGUAACCUUUAAUGAGAGAACAGGCUCACCGUUGCCUUUUCCCACGUAGUAUUAUCAUUUACCUUGGUCUGUUUAUGAAAUGUAUCUUUGUAAUGUAUCUUUGAAAUGUAUCUCCACACACGUUUCCAACCUUAAUAUAUCAGUCUGCUCUUGAACUUCUUGCUUCCCUUUCAAGACUCUGGAUAUUAUACUUUUAUCUUCUGCCAGUUACAGUAGUUUUUCUCGUUGUUCUCUGUCCUUAUCAGCGUUCAGUUUUCAACUAGCUCUUUAUUUUCCCAAGGCCUUUGUCUGCUGGACCCCUCACCAGUGUCUCCCUUGUUCUCAGCAUCCUGACACCCCCCCCUCCACUCCUCCCUGUUUUUCAUUCCUCGGAUGGUCUAGAAUCCCUUGCAGUUCUUCUUCCUGAAUGUUUUAUUUACAACCCUGGUCCUGUUCUUCCAUUUUGGUGCUUUCAUUCCACACUGAAGACAUCAAGCUAUACAAGUUUUAUAAACAAUUUUAAAAGAUUCCUUUACGGGCAAUACAUUUACCUAAAUGUUGUGUAUAAUUCUCCUCCUCUUACUGAUAGUCUAUACCUCUUAAAUUCCGUCGCGAUGUUGCUUCUCUUUCUAUCUUCUAUCGAUAUUUUCAUGCUGACUGCUCUUCUGAACUUGCUCCUCCCCCCCUCCCGCGGCCUCGCCGCACACGACUUUCUAAUCAAGCUCAUUUCAAUACUGUCCAGACCCCUUAUGCAAGAGUUAACCAGUAUCUUCACUUUUCAUCCCUCACGCUGGUAAACUCUGGAACAAUCUUCCUUCAUCUGUAUUUCCUCCUGCCUACGACUUUAGGAUCUUGCACACCUCUAGAGACCGAAUUUCACUCAAUUUUGACCAUUUUCAUUUUUAUGCUUUAUGUGUUCCCUUAGGGUAGGAGAGUUAUGUAGUUACAGGAAAACCCAUUUAUUGGCCCCCAUACCCAUUCCACGCCCCCCCCCCCCCCCGAUACCCCAAAUGUUUCAAAAUUCAGCAUAUUUGUUUAAUUUUUAUGAUAAUUGUAGUAAACUCCAUCCAGAAUCAUGCUCCAGAAUCAUGCAGAAAUCACCAAAACCACAUAUCAACCCCAUUACCCAAUUCAUCGGGCCCGUACCCAUUCCCCGCCCCUCCACCCCCCCCCCCCCCAUAUCAAAAUUUUGCAUAUUUGCUUUAUUGUAAUAUACUAAUACUGCAAUACAUCCCAAAUAUAUAUUGUAUUCAUCCACUGGGAAACACGUAGCGUGGAGCUUGGUACAAAAAUAGAGGUGUCAAGUGUCUUUCUACUCCUACUGAACGUUUAUCUGAUGUUUAUUUGUUUCCCAUCUCUUCUUAUGAACGUCCAAACUUAAGGGGGGACGAAAAUAAAGAGAGUAUCUUAUGAUUUUUGAUGUUGUAACUUUUGAUAUCUAAUAUCUGAAAACAUGCUUUUUCUUCUGUCUUGGCAAACUACACAUACAGUUUCUGCAUGAUUCCUUUCAAACUUGCCACACUUGCAGAUCGAUUACAUAGGCAUCUUUAUACAGAAGGAAAAAGAGAUACGAUGGUAUCUGUCGCUUGUGAAACACUUUUUUCAUGGUGGCUUGAUGGAGAUUUAUUUCAAGCUUGCAUUUCUCACCUUUCUAGCAUUCAUAAGGGGAUUAUAUUAUUUCUUCUUAUUGAAAAAUAAUGUAGGAAGGCACAUACGGAAGCAUUUUGCGUUAUCAUAAUUUCUGAUGAUUUUGUUUGACUCGGGGAAGAAAGUCGGGAAAAAAAUUCGUGAAAAAUACUAUUUAUUGUCCAAUGAACUUGAAACUUGGUCAAACUAUGUAAAAUGUCACGGGUAAAACGAUGGUAAAGAAACAUUAGUGCUUAGAUAGACCUGGGCCAUUAUGGAGGCCAAGGGUGUGCAAGACCCUUAAGUAGAGGGCUUUUUUUUCAUUAUUUUUUUUCACGCCCUUGAACUGUCUCCUUUUCUGUAAAAAAAAAUGGCGGGGUAAAGUGUACAUAAGUGUGCACAGUGAAGUAAUUAAGUUAACUACGGGAGUGUGAAGAAGAACCAAAGAAGUCCUGAGAAGCGGGAAGAAGAGGAGUUGAGUUGAGUUCUCGGGACUCGAGAGUCUUGCCUUUGUAACGGCACUCCCUGAUGUCUGUGUAAUAGUUCCAAGGAUGGCUGAGAGGGAUGAGAGUAAGGUAGCUUUUUCUGGGUCUGUGGUCUUUCUCGGUCUGGGUCUUUUGAUUGACUGAUAGUUUAUUGUUGCAAGUAAACAACAAAGGAUCGAGAAAGGAGGAGCAUGCCAUCCCAACUCCCAGGCAGUACAGAGUGGGAUUAUACAACUAAGGAUACAUGUACGGUUUUUGAGUUUCUAAACUUCUUUACGUCUCCUGUUCCUUUCUUUUCUUUUCUCUCUUUUGCCAAAAUUUAUAUAGUACUGUCUUUAUUGUCUCCAUUCCUGUGUUCUCAAAAAGAGCUCUUCCAAAUGGUGUUCUCUUCGUCCUGGUGGUAUGGACGCAGCAGUGCAGGGAUGCUGCUCCUCUCCUCCUAAGUCUAUAUACACCAAGUCAAGUCAUACGCAGGUUUGUGGGAGGAGACACGGCCGAGGCGUGGUUUAUGCGUGACACUGCUUGGAGCCAAACUAGAGAAUGUAGAAACAGGGAUUUAGAGAAAACGAGGAAAGGCGGACUAAUUUAAAUCAAUCACUUCAUCAUGCCCUCCCUCACACCCCACACCGCCGUUUGUAGUCAUUGAAAUUACAGUCACGCAAUAGCACAAUAAAAAGACAUAUUUUUUCGUCACUGGCUUGCCUGAACGCGCUGUGAAAGAAGGCGAGAAUGCACAUCCAGAGUGCACAUACGGCCCCAACUUUAGUCACCCCUGAACUGGCGGGUAUUUUUUUUUUUGGCUCCAAGUGACGUCAUCCCGCUGCUCUGCCCCAAAACCGCCUCCUGCGCGUACCGGUCGCAGUUUUGAAGCAGAGUGACUUGACUUGGUAUAUAUAGACUUAGCUCUCCUCGUCGUGGGCCGGGCAGUGCAGGAUGAAGUGCCUCAGGUCCUCCGGCUCGUCUCCACACAUGAUGCACGCCGUACUCUCGUUGUUAAAUCUUUUCAUAUCUCUCAGCACCGUUGCCAGAUUAUUGUAUUCAGAGCCUCGUAUGUACCGGUUUCUAAGCCAAUAAUUAACCAUUUUAACGAGAACUGUAUAUGAAGGGAGUUAUCGGGGUCGAGGAGGCAGUUUUGGGGUCAGAUAUCGGCAAACAUCGGAGGCUGAGUACGACAAUCUGGCAGCGUUGUCUCUCAGUCUCAUGUUAUCGUUCUGCAGUUGAAGAGGAUGGCUGAUGCUUCACUGUUGUCGUACACUUCCUCCUGAUUGAUUGAUAGUUUAUUGUUGCAGGUAAACAACAAGGGAGAAGGGAGGAACAUGCCAUCUGUCCUCCCAUCUCUUCUCUCCAGGUUCUAUAUAUUUUCAGGGUUGCUUUUCUUGCAGGCCUUUAUUUUUUUAGCACUUGUCCCCUACCAUUGUAUCUUUUUAGUUUCCUGGUGCUGCUUCCACAUGUAUCCUUGUUGUAUAAUCACACUGUACUGCCUGGGGGUUGGGAUGGCAGUGGCGGCGCCAAGGGGGGGCGUGGGGGGGCUGGAGCCCACAGAGUUAUAUACUAGAGGGCUCAACUCCAAUCUUUCGCCACGGUGAGAGGUGAGGCCACUGCUCCUGCCUGUAACUCUGUGGUCGGCCGCCAUAGGGUGACGGAUUGGCGACCUUUCCAUGACCACAUGUUUACACUUAACCACUAUUAGCCAGCCAACAUUAUGAUAUUUUGGAAAACUGAGCCGAUCAUCGUGUUGAUGAGACAUUGCUGCAUAUCGUGAUCACAAAUGUAUUGCACUUAGGUAAACCUACAAUAAAAUAAUGAGAAAAAUA